AUGCUGGCUGUAAUGCGGCCUUUGGCACCUGUUCCAACGCGGACUCGGGUAGUAUCUCUACGGAUGGAACAUGCGGGAAGAAUGGCAAGACAUGCAAGGGGUCGAAGUUUGGCGACUGCUGCUCCUCUGGCGGCUUCUGUGGCACUUCCAAAGACCAUUGCCAGGCGGGCUGCCAGUCUCAGUUUGGCACAUGUGGCGCAGAAGACAACGUUUCCACUGAUGGUACUUGUGGGACAAACGGAAAGACCUGUAAGGGUUCUUCCUUCGGGGAUUGCUGUUCUUCCACUGGAUUCUGCGGCAAAUCUACCGCUCAUUGCGAUGCUGGUUGCAAUGCUGCGUUUGGCACUUGUAAUGAAGCUGCCAGCGGUAUCUCUGCUGACGGUCAAUGUGGCAAGAACGGGAAGACCUGCAAGGGCUCUGCAUUUGGCGAUUGCUGCUCUUCCGCACAGCUGCUGGAAGCAUUUCCACGGAUGGAACUUGCGGUAA